AUAUCUACACGCAUGUUAGGAUCGUCUAGACAUCUUCUUCACUAAAUAUCCACCAAUCAUUUCGAUUCUACUUCGAUAGAGCGGCUGAAACACCACUCUCUCUCAUCAACCUCAAAUUCUCUUUGAUUCAUUGCCUUUUUAGUUAUUUAUUUAUUUAUUUUUCUUUUUCAUGAGAUGUUCCUAAUCAGAACCACAACCUGUUUUGGCUAAAUCCAAUCUUUACUUGAGCUCAAAAGAUGUCCAUUUGUGUCUUCUCCAAUGGCUUCACACUCAAUUCACCAAGGGCUCAAAGCUUCAAAAGGCUCUUUUCUUCUCAUUUUAUCAACCCAAUUCAGGUAAGCUCAGUCCCUUAUGCUCUACCAUUUUCUUCCGUAAAUUUAUCAAAACCCUCUAAAUUUAGCAGAGAAAGAUUCAGACCCAUCACAGCUACAACCACCCCAACUGUUGAAACCCCCAAAUUAUCAUUCAGAAACAAAACCCCAAAAGAUAUUAACAUUUUGGUUGUGGGUUCAACUGGUUAUAUUGGAAAUAUUGUAGUCAAAGAGUUGGUUAAAAGAGGUUUUAAUGUAAUAGCAAUUGCUAGAGAGAGAAGUGGUAUUAGAGGUAAAAAUAGCAAAGAAGAGACUUUGGAAAAGUUAAAUGGAGCCAAUGUGUGCUUUUCAGAUGUGACCAAUUUGGAUGAUUUGCAGAGAAGUUUAGAGAAUUUUGGGGGUUCAAUUGAUGUUGUUGUGUCAUGCCUUGCUAGCCGCAAUGGCGGCAUCAAGGACUCAUGGAAGAUUGAUUAUGAAGCCACCAAGAACAGUCUUGUUGCCGGUAGAAAUCGCGGGGCAUCACAUUUUGUUCUGCUGUCUGCAAUUUGUGUGCAAAAGCCCCUUCUUGAAUUUCAGCGCGCCAAGUUGAAAUUUGAGGCUGAGUUGAUGAAAGAAGCUGAAGAGGAUGCUGGAUUUACUUAUAGCAUUGUGAGGCCAACUGCAUUUUUCAAGAGUUUGGGUGGACAAGUUGAAUUGGUGAAGGAUGGGAAGCCUUAUGUGAUGUUUGGGGAUGGGAAGUUGUGUGCUUGCAAGCCAAUUAGCGAGCCGGAUUUGGCUUCAUUCAUUGCAGAUUGUGUGUUGAGUGAAGAUAAGAUCAAUCAGGUUUUGCCAAUUGGUGGCCCGGGGAAGGCAUUGACACCAAUGGAGCAAGGGGAGAUGUUGUUUAGACUAGUAGGGAGAGAACCCAAGUUUUUGAAAGUGCCAAUCCAAAUAAUGGAUUUUGCCAUUGGGUUUCUUGAUUUCCUUGUUAAGAUAUUUCCUCAACUGGAAGACACUGCCGAAUUUGGGAAAAUCGGAAGGUAUUAUGCAGCUGAGAGUAUGUUGGUGUUGGAUCCUGAGACCGGAGAGUACAGUGCUGAGAAAACACCAAGCUAUGGGAAGGACACAUUAGAAGAAUUCUUCGAGAGAGUACUCAGACAAGGAAUUGCUGGUCAGGAAUUGGGGGAGCAAACAAUUUUCUAAAUGUUCUCAUUGGGGGUAAAAGUUCAUAAAUUUGAAUGUUUUAUUGAAUCUACCAGUUUUGUCACAAUGUCCUAUUUAAGGUUAGCAGGUAUUUUCCCUUUAUGAUUAAUCCUUGUCUGAGUUGCAAAUUAUAUAAUAUUGUACAAAAAGUUGCAGCCUUUAAUCAUAAAUACUUUUGCUAAAUGCUAAAUAACUUUUCAA